AGAGGGGGACAAAGGGGGUGAAACGGUGUGAGGGGCACAAGCGGACUGCAGGUCUCCAAAUCUUACCAAGUGUUCCACUUCCGGGGAUGCGGCUCAGGAUUCUACUGCACCGAAAAGUUUGAGCUUUUUUUGGAGAAGAAAAAUAGGGGAGUUUGCAUGCAAAGAUGCAGAGACCAGGAGGGCAAGGGACUGCGUUUUCCAUCGAUUCCCUCAUAGGGACCCCCCAGCCCAGACCGGGACACCUGCUCUACACCGGCUACCCCAUGUUCAUGCCCUACAGACCCCUGGUCAUUCCACAGGCGUUAACGCACACGCCUCUAUCCUCCGGGAUACCUCCACUGGCGCCUCUGGCUUCCUUCGCGGGCCGUCUGACUAACACCUUCUGCGCCAGUUUGGGACAAGGCGUGCCCUCCAUGGUGGCUCUUACCACCACCAUGCCCAGCUUCUCGGAUCCGCCGGACACUUUUUACCCGCCUCAAGAGCUGCCGGGCCCGCGUCUGAGCGCCGCCGAGCCCGGAGGGAGGAGGCAGGAGAGCCCGCAUUCGGAGGAGCUCCACAGCCGGGAUAAAGGCUCUGAGUUGCUCAACUUCUCGGAAAGUUUUCAGACGAUAUCAGGCGAGACCAAACUGUACAGUUCAGACGACGAGAAACUGGACCUGAAGUCCGCAGAGACCGUGUGCAGCGACCGGGAGGACAGCUCCGUGGACAGCGAGAACGAGAGCUUCUCAGACGGCAACACCUGCGGGGCCCUAUCCCAGAAAGGCAAGUUGAAAGUCGGACCCCACGACGUGCUGCCGGCCGGUGGCUCCUCGGCUGGGAAGAGCCGGAGGAGACGAACCGCUUUCACCAGCGAGCAGCUGUUGGAACUGGAGAAGGAGUUCCACUGCAAAAAGUACCUUUCCCUCACCGAACGCUCGCAGAUUGCCCAUGCGCUCAAACUGAGCGAGGUCCAGGUGAAGAUCUGGUUCCAGAACCGCAGGGCCAAGUGGAAACGGAUCAAGGCCGGCAACGUCAACAACCGCUCCGGGGAGCCUGUCAGGAACCCCAAAAUCGUGGUGCCCAUCCCUGUACACGUCAACAGGUUCGCCGUGAGAAGCCAGCACCAGCAAAUAGAACAAGGAACCAGGCCGUGAAGCGUUCUUAAAAAGGAUAGAAAAUUAAAAACUAAAAUUAAACACUUAAUUAUUAAAGCGACUCCAGCAUGAGGCACAAACUGGAGGAGCAUCCUGCAGUGACUCCACGAACAAGACUGAGCAUUAUUUGGAUAUAUGCUGUCACUUUUAUUUAUUAAUUUGUGAAUAUGUAAAUAAUUAACAGGAAAGAAGUACAAAUGGGCACUAUGAGAAGAGUUUUUUUAGUAUUUAUAUGUCAGGCCAAAACCUUGUGUUGGUUGCAUGUCCUUUUCUCAUUUAGUGGAGACUUUUUUAAUUAUUAUUUUUAUUUUGGUUUGGUGUUUUGUACAAUUGGUUUGCAUGUAAGAAAGUUUUGUUUGAAAGAACGUCGAUGAGCAAACAAGGGACAAGUGUAA